AUGGAAGAGACUAGCAGCCUCAUGGCUAUCUCCAGAAAGAGAGAAAGAGAGAGAAAGAGAGAGAAAGCAUGGGAUGAAGAAAGGACAUAUAUUGCCGAGGUCUGUACUGGAUCUUCAGUGUUAGAUUGGAAUACCGAUGUUACCAUUCCAUGUGGCACUUAUGUUGGAAAGGAGGUUCUAGUAGGCAUCUGCAUUCACUCCUGGGACCAUCGAGAAAGUACAGGAGGAGUCCCCCAGGUGGAUGGAGUAUGGGAGACCUCCCUGCUCCCCGAGAUCUUCUUGCUUGCCUCGGAGGAGAAGAAUGUGACUGCGCUAUAUACGUUUUUCCUCUUAGGAUUUCAGAUUAAUGGAGAUGUAAGAAUUCUCCUGUUCUGUCUUCUCCUGGUGGUUUAUUGUGGGACCAUAUGUGGAAACCUCCUGAUCAUCUCCCUGGUGUCCUCCAGCAGGAACCUCCGCACCCCCAUGUACUUCUUCAUCUCUCAUCUGUCCAUCAGUGACCUCUUAUUAUCUACAGACAUUGUCCCUAAUAUGCUUCAUAUAGUCCUGAAUAAUGGGGGGGCCAUUACUUUUAUCGGCUGUAUUACUCAGUUUUAUUUUUUUAGUUCUUCAGAAAAUGUUGAGUGUUUUGUCCUCGCUGUGAUGUCCUAUGACAGAUAUGUGGCCAUCUGUAACCCCCUCCGCUACACCUCUAUCAUGACUAGUGGACAUUGUGUCAUAUCCUCCAUCAUCUGCUGGUUUGUCGGGUUUUUGAUUACAUUAUUUUUUGCCAUUACAUUGGUAAAUCUAAACUUUUGUGGACCAAAUAUCAUUGACCAUGUCUUCUGUGACAUCAUGCCUUUACUAGACCUCUCCUGUUCUGACACUUUCAUUGUUCAUUUAGUCGUGUACGUCAUAGGAACUCCACUUCUCCUAAUUCCAACCACCAUCAUUGUUGUGUCUUAUACUUAUAUUGUCUCAUCUGUCUUAAGGAUCUCAUCCAGUACCGGUAGACAGAAAGCCUUCUCCACCUGUAGCUCCCACCUCAUUGUGGUCUCCAUAUUCUACGGGACAAUAAUCAGUGUUUAUCUCAUCCCAACAAAAGGCCGAACACUCUCCAUAAGUAAGAUCCUCUCCCUGCUAUACACAGUGUUCACUCCUUUGGUCAACCCCAUUAUAUACAGUCUGAGGAAUAAAGACAUCAGGAAAGCUGUACAGGAAACCCUUCAGAAGCCGGUUAUUUGGUGGAUCAAAGAUUAA